AGAUUCUGCUGUUCGAUCUGUGUGGAUCUACUGAAGGAUCCGGUGACUACUGUCUGUGGACACAGCUACUGUAAGAGCUGUAUUAACACCCACUGGGACAAAGAGGAGGAGAGAGGAAGCUACAGCUGUCCUCAGUGUAGAGAGACCUUCACACCGAGGCCUGUCCUGGAGAAAAACACCAUGUUAGCUGAUUUAGUGGAGGAGCUGAAGAAGACUGGACUCCAAGCUGCUCCUGCUGAUCACUGCUCUGCUGGACCUAAUGAUGUGGCCUGUGAUGUCUGCACUGGAAAAAAACGGAAAGCUCACCUCCAGCCUCAUCUUCAGUCCCCUCCAUUGAAGAAGCACAAGCUGGUGGAGCCCUCAGAGAAGCUCCAGGAGAACAUCUGCUCUCGUCACGACGAGGUGAUGAAGAUGUUCUGCCUCACUGAUCAGCAGUGUAUCUGUUAUCUCUGCUCUGUGGAUGAACAUAAAGACCACGACACAGUGUCAGCUGCAGCAGAAAGGACUGAGAGGCAGAGAGAGCUCGGGCUGAGGAGACAAACAAUCCAGCAGAGAGUCCAGGACACAGAGAAAGACGUGAAGCUGCUUCAACAGGAGGAGGAGGGCGUCAAUGGCUCUGCUGAUAAAGCAGUGGAGGACAGUGAGGAGAUCUUCACUGAGCUGAUCCGUCUGCUGGAGAAAAGAAGCUCUGAUGUGAAGCAGCAGAUCAGAUCCCAGCAGGAAACUGAAGUGAGUCGAGUCAGAGAGCUUCAGGAGAGACUGGAGAAGGAGAUCACUGAGCUGAAGAGGAAAGACCAUAUACUGAAGGAGCUCUCAGACACAGAGGAUCACGCUGACUUCUUAAGAUAUUCACAGGAAAUCACACUGGAUCCAAACACAGCACACACACAUCUGUUAUUAUCUGAGGGAAACAGAAAAGUAACAUGGAUGUGUGAAGAUCAGUCUUAUUCUGAUCACCCAGACAGAUUCACUGAUUUUUAUCAGGUCCUGAGUAGAGAGAGUCUGACUGGACGUUGUUACUGGGAGGUGGAGGUGGGGGUGGGAGUAGUUUGUGUAGCAGUCACAUACAAGAAUAUCAGCAGAGCAGGACGCUCAAAGGAAUGUAUAUUUGGAUUCAAUGAUAAAUCUUGGUCAUUAUAUUGUUAUAGAAACAGAUAUGAAUUUUAUUACAGCAACAUCGACACUCCAGUGUCAGGUCCCGUGUCCUCCAGAGUAGGAGUGUACCUGGAUCACAGUGCAGGUGUUCUGUCCUUCUACAGCGUCUCUGACACCAUGACUCUCCUCCACAGAGUCCAAACCACAUUCACUCAGCCUCUCUAUGCUGGAGUUUGGGUUAAGUAUGGAGCCGCAACUGAGUUCUGUACACUCAAAUAG